UUGUCUCGUUGACUUAUUUUGAAAUGAUCGAAAAUUUCAGUUGCGCGCCGUUGGUCAAAUUGAGCGGAGGAAUGUCUGGAAAAUCGUCUUUAGCAAUAGAUAGACCAGCAAGAAAAUGUCGGAAAGUUUCUCAUACGACCGCCCUUUACAAAAAACAUAAAGCGAAAGAAAAGGAAAGUCAGGUAAGGGCAAUCCUGAAGAAGAACCAGGCUGAUAGGAGUUCAGAGGAGGAAUGCAUCAUCAAACAAAACAAAAAGGUUGUCAAGGUUCUGGAAAAGAGGGCGCAACUGAGGGAGCUUAAUCGUCAGAAAUCGCAAGAGAUUCAAGAUUCUGCUGAAGAACUAGAAAUCAAGGUUUCAGAGCUUGCAGAAGCAGUAAAGCAUGCAGAAAACCUGGUCAUCUACACAGGAGCUGGAAUUAGUACAGCAGCCUCUAUCCCCGACUACAGAGGACCAAAUGGAGUAUGGACAUUACUUCAACAAGGGAAAGGGAGUUCACUUCAGAACAGCUCUUUGGUGGAUGCAGAUCCAACCCUUACUCACAUGGCUCUAGCCAAGCUGGUGGAAGAAGGCAUGGUGAAGCACAUUGUAUCCCAGAACUGUGAUGGUCUUCACUUGAGGAGUGGGGUUCCUCCGGAUAGGUUAUCUGAGCUCCAUGGAAAUAUGUACAUUGAGGUUUGCACAGAAUGUGAGCCAGAGAGGCAAUACGUGCGACUGUUUGAUGUUACAGAACAGACAUCGCUCCGGAGGCAUAAGACAAGUCGGGACUGCCACAAGUGCAAGGAACCUCUAAGAGACACCAUAGUUCACUUUGGGGAGAAGGGAGUGGUAGACAAACCCUUAAACUGGUCUGGUGCCAUGGAUGCUGCUGAGGAUGCAGAUGCUAUACUGUGUUUGGGAUCCAGUCUAAAGGUUCUAAGAAGAUACCAGUGCCUUUGGAACACAGACCGACCAAAGAGUCAGAGACCAAAGUUAUUCAUUGUCAAUUUGCAGUGGACGCCCAAAGACAGCCAAGCAUCCCUAAAGAUCCAUGGACGAUGUGAUGAUGUGAUGUUACUACUCAUGAAACACCUAGAUCUUUCAAUACCUCUUUAUACAAGGAACAGUGAUCCGAUCUUCAAAAUGGCAACUCCUCUGAAGCCCCAUGAAGAGGGCAGCUAUGUGACAAAAUCCCUUAUAGAUGUGACUAGAACAUUGGACUCUGAAAGUUCAAACCACAGUGUAGACAGUUUAAUCAAGACUGAACAAGACAGCCUUAGGAGCACACACGCAUCAAGCCCACUCUCAGAAAAUAUUAAAUCCGAACUUGGAUUAGAAAAAUACGAGGACAAUGAAGAUACAGAGGAGGAGAAAGAGAUGGAGGGACAGAAUAUUCCUAUGCCAUCACCAGAGGGCAGCGUUCAAGUCGAGGGUAGUAUGCCAGGCUGGUUCGGCAAAGGAUGCAGGAAGAAGGUGGUUAGGAAGGUUGGCAAGAGGAGAAGGCGAUCAAGAGUAUCCAGCGUCGAACUAGGGAGUUGAUUGUCCCUUGGUCCUGAGUAACAUUUGUGAAAUUGAACAGAACAAGGAAUAUUCUCAGGUUACAUAAUAAAUCUAUCUGCUGCCAGUUUUUUUUUAAUAGUGAAGAAUAUAUUUCAAUAAUAAGAAGCCUUUCUUGUGUAGUAUAUCAAAUCAGGAUUCAAUGUCUGUAUAACCUUGCAAAAGGCUUUGGGUAUUUUUGUUUUAUUUGUACUUCAUUCAUCACCAGAGUGGCCAAUUAAAGGAUUUCUAAAAUGAACAAUUUCUACAUCUUUUCACAUUCUUACAUGUUCUUAAUUUCUUAUGUGUAUUUAAGCCCCCAUAUGUAUUUUGUUUUUAAAACAACUCCUAAUCUUUUGAAAAGAAAAUGUAUGUCGCAAAAGAUUAACUUUUGCAUAGGUGACAUUUUCCAUAGACCCUAUCCUUAGAUGGCUUGGCUAUCAAGCUCAAUGGGUUAAUCUUCUUUAGAUCAAACUGCAAGCUUUUAGAGAAACCGCAUGCUUUUUCACAGGGUGGUUCUCGUAUCCCAUAACCCUUUGAACCCUGCUUUAUAUGGGACAAUUGUGACUCCUUGCGUUAUUUACAAAUAUAUUGUAUUGGUAGAAUGAAGUAAUAAAUUUGAAAUUAAAUCAUGAUCUUCUAUUUCUAUGAUUAAAGCCUGAGCGGCAUUUUGUUUUUGUUGGAACCUGGCUAUGCUGAUGUACAGUUUCUUGUGUAGGUGAUAUCUCAUCUUCAGUGUUUGUUUCAUCCUCAAAAUCUCUGCGUUGACUGUAGUGAGACUUUUAAUAUCUUCAUCAUAUUCAGCAGAUGAUUCAUUGAGUAUUAUCACACAAGCCUCAGAAGAGUAGUAUCUUUUGGCCAUUUGUAAUGUUAAAACCUUCCAAAUCAUAGCCGUUAUCAGCAUUAGAUGAUGUUUUUAUAUUUUCUUGCAUCAUUUUUUCAAGCGAUUCUGCAACACUUUUCUUUCUUCCUGUAAUCUUCUUGUAGAGGCAUAGUGAUUUAGUGAUGUUUUCCAAUUUGUGACUUGUAACGGUACUGAUAUUGUGGUUAGCGAAACAGGAACGGUCCAGGACAGUAAAGCCUGGUUAACUCUUCCACGCUUUGUGGUUCCCGCGUAGUUUGCGCAUGGGCACGCACUCAUGCAGGCCAUUGCGUAAACUAUGCAUGCCAGCUUGUGGAUUGCUGCCUGGCACGCAUUACAAAUUUGUGAACUGUUUGUGAACUUUGCGCAGCCUAGUCAUGCCACUGCGUGUUGUCGAAAUAUAAAUUUCUUGGCGCAAAAAAUAGUAGGCACACCCCCGGGGAAGAAGCACGCAGUUUGCGACUAGUUCACGACAGGGUCAUGCAUACCUCACGCAGAGGUUGCGCAUGCAGUCCACAUGAUCAUUUUAAGUAAAAGGUAAUAUUUUCACCAUGAGAUUAUUAUUUUUUUUUAAGUUUUGUGUUUUGUAGUAAUAAAGUCUAGCGAAUUUUCUUUUUUGAAGUGAUUUCUGAUACGACAUAUAUAUAUAUAUAUAUAUAUAUAUAUAUAGGUUAAAAAAAAAAAUAUGAAAAAAAAUUCAAAUCUGAAAUUGUAAAUCUUGCUUUUUUGUCAAUUAUGGUGCUAAUUAUUGUUAAAAGGGCAUCCUUGAGAGAUGUUGUAAGCGCGAAUCACGAGCUCAAACUUUUGGACAUUUUAUGGAAAAAAGACAUGAAAAGUAAACAUUUCGAGUAGUUUUUGUAAUCUUGAAAAAAGAUGUGUAUCUAACUAAAGAAUUAACGCAAGCGCUAAGCGUGAGCUGAAAUUUUUGCGGACCAGAAAAGGAACCUGUUAAAGACUGCAGUUAGUGACUCGUGAAUAGGAUACAUAUCUCACCGAUCGAAUAAUGCGAGUGCAAAGCGCGAGCCGAAAAAUUUUGAUAUUCUAACCUGAAAACUGGACGUUCUAAGUAUUUUUAGUAACCAGAAACAGAAUGAGUACUUUAAUUAACGAUAAUUGAUGCAAGCGUGAAACACGAGCCAAAUUUGCAUCAUUUUCCAACCUGCUAGGGGGAAUCCUGCUCUUCCGUCAUCUACUGCCUCAUGCAAGGAGCAGUGCUUCCACGUUCCUCCAUCUGAGGCGCUACCUUCUGCUCCAACAUCCACAUACAGUUAUUUGUAUCCCGCGUCUGCAACUGUCAUAAAGACGAUGCUAUGGAAUCUUUACAGUUGUAAAAUAAGGACCCAGGUUUUGGUGGCUUCCUAAUGGCCACAUGCUUUCCAUCAACAGCACCCAGACAAUUAUGGUAGUUCCAUUUUGAACUGAACUUCAGGGCCACAUCCUUCCAUUUUUCUUCAGUUUUGGGACAUUUGAGGAAUUCUUCCUUGUACACCUCGAUUAUGACAUUGCAUACUUCUGGAAUAAAUCUGGAGAUUGUGCUCUUUUCCACUCGGAAGCUAUACUGUAAUGUUGCAUACAAAUUUCCAGUUGCCAAGAAUCGCAGUGACAGCAAGUUUUAGUCCUACUUCCAAUGGUUCAGUCAUAAAUGUUGUUUUUUUCUCAAGACAAGGUGUCAACUUCUCUACCAUCUCUCCAAAGACAUCAGGCGUGGUCUUCAAAUAGUUUCUGUAGCUCUUGUGAUCCUCUCUGUAAUUCUGUCAACAAAUGAUCAAAAAGUCCAUGGAUGUUGCAUCUUUACAGCAAGUCUCUCACCCAGAACAUCCUUGUUUUUCUCUUCCUACCCUUCACCUGUUCCUGCUCCUUAACAAUACUUCUCUGCUGUUGGUGGACUAUUAAUCCUGCAGCCUCCACAUAUAAGCACUUCCUUUGCUCAAAAUUAGCUGCUUCGGUAUUAAGCAUCUUACGCUAGUGAUUGUCUGAAGUAGAUUAGAAACCCUACCCUUGGAAGAUAUCUGAAACAUGAUUGCCGUUUGGCAAUGUUGAAUGGUGUGCAAACAUGGCGGGGCAAUAUGUUACGAAUAGUUCACGCCAUGCAUGAACUAUGUGUGUCAAUGCCUGCCAUUAAUUGGCGCGUAUUGACACACACUGGCGUGCAUUUGAUGCGGGGCAAAAGUGCAUGCAAGUGUCAACCGGGCAUAACUGUUGUGGCAUGAAGACUCUGGUUUGUGUAAUUCUUUGUGCAACCAGCUGCCUUGGUGAUUUCCUUAAUUUUGUUGCCUAGGAUGUUCACGCCUAAUGGAGAGUUGCAGUAGAUUUCACCCUCUGCUGGAACUGUAUGUUUUGGUUGCUGCCAUAAACAAUCCAGCGCAGAGUAUAGUGCUGAUUUGUAAACCAGAAAUGUUGAUACUGGGCACCUGGAAGAACCUGGAAUCUCCUACAUGUAGCCACUUUAUCCUUCGUCCUUGUUUACUCUUCUGACCUUGGUAAGCAUAUCACAGUGUGUGAUGUAGGGAAGCUUCUGCUCAUCUGUUAAAGUCAUCUGCUUUCAUGUCAUGCAGAUUUUCACCUCCUCUGUUAGUAAACUAGAUCAUAAUGAUUUUGGCCAUAUCUCCCUUACUAAUUGUUCUUUUUAUGUUUGACAUAACCUUUUCCAGCUUUUUCAAUUGACACAUUAUUGCUUGUUAGGUCUUGUGACUAUGAUGAAACUUGCCAAAUUUGUUAAUAUCAUGGUCUUGAAAUGAUGAUGUAAUCCAUACCUGAUGCUGAGUGUUGAGUUCUUUCAUGUGCAAAUUUGCAAUUAAAGGCCAGACUUAUGAUUGAUUUUUGGACCUUAAUUUAACUUCUAUUAACCACAUUACUUUCUCCUUUUACAUCAGGCUGUCCAUGAAUCACAUUAGCGAUAAUUUCCUACAACAUGCUAUGUGAUACCGUUCAGUGAUUCCAACUCAUUUCUCAAUUUAUCAUUGUAGUUUAGUAAGGGUUCUUCUCUUGGCAGUAUCUAUUCCUACUCUUGUCCCUGCAAGUUUUUGUGGAGUGUAAAAAAAGCAUUAAGUUAAGAAAUGUCAUUUUUGAGCAGGCAAAACCAUGCUUCCUAGGCUCUGCUGGUAUUCCUGGUUUCCUACAGUAAUCAGCAACAUUUUUCCAUGGCCCCCUCACAGAAGCUGUGUUGCAAAUCUAACGCUCUUUUUAGUGAAAACGGCAAAUUGUGCUGAUGGGACAAUUUUUUACUUUUGACUAACCACUUUAUCUAUUUUUAUUUAUUUAUUUGGUUUUGUUUACACAGGGUAACCCUGUCAGUGGACUAAUUUCUGCUUUUCUUGGGGACCCUGCAAAUAGAAAAAUACAUAUAAGAGUUACAAAUAAUGACCAAAUAAACAACCGACCUGCAGGGAAUAUACAUACAUGCAGACAUACCUAAAUAUAUGUGUGUAUGUAGAACAUUAAUGUUCACAUAUAGUGUGUAUGCAUAUAUACAUGCAAGUAUACAUUUGCUGUGGUCAUAUACUUAUUAAUUUAAUUUGUAUUUACUUGCUUGCUUCCACUCUCUGGAACCAACCAAGUAGGGUUUGUUGUUUCAAUUUAGUGGUUUCUCACUAUCCAAUAGGAUGUAGCGAAGGAUUGCCUUGAAACUGCACUACGGGUACCACUAUCCAGCUGAUUCCAAAGAAUGACAGCACUAUGAGAGAAGGGUUUUUUCCAGCCUGCGUGCAUACAAGUGAUACCACCAUUCUGUACCAAGUUACUGGUUCUAUACGAGUGACCAUUACUUGAGCUUACCACGAGUUUACAGAGAUAGAUUGAUGCUUCCCCGUUUAGAAUAGUGUGCAUGGUUUUGCAUUUAUGGUAUAUCCACCGAUCUUCAAUCAAUACCCGGCCAUUUCAGUAAACUUUGUUUGGUGAUUGUGCAACUAAGUAACAAAUUGAGACACUGAAUUCUGAUUCGGGGAACAUUCUUUUUAUGUAAUGUUUACAUUCUACUAGUCAGGUGUCAUAGGUUAAAAUCAAAACUAUUCAUGCUCUUUCCAAAAAAGAUAUCUAUCAUGUGCCAAAUACGGAAGGUUGACAAAUUGCUAUGAUGUCACAAUCUCUAUAAUAGGUUUCAUCAAAGAACAGCAACAUUUCACUUAUUUCAGGAAAUUCAUUCAAAUUAGAUCAAAUUUGCUAUAAAUAAAGUCAACUGUAUAUUGUGUAUAAUUUUAAUGUUUGACAUGUUUGUUGAAUGUUCUCAAUGUCUGUAACGAGUCUUUUGUAUUCCAACUCCAGAAUUACCACUGGUAAAGUCAGAUGGUUGGUUAUCUGAUCGAUUAGUUACAUGUAGUUUAUAGCCAUAUAAGAGAGGCUGAAUGAAUUAGAAACAAGUGAAAAGUGAAAUCCUUGAUUCUGAUACUGGACAAGGAUCGAUGAAAUGCAUGUACCACAGACUUAUCUUCUUUCUCUUCAUGAUUUCAUUGUGCAUUAAACAGGAAAUGGACCAGCAUAGAUAGAGCAAUAAAUGUGGCUAACAUUGUCACAUUGUCACACUUUUUGUAGUCACAGAUAUUUUUAAAUCUGACAUGAUACCUCAUUUUGUCACACAUCAUGUAGGCCUUAAUUUGCACAGAACUAUAUUUUUGGACGAUUUUGUAUUUGAAAACACCAACUGAUAGCAUUAAUAAGCAGGAAUGAAUGAAUGUAUUGUAGAACAGGAACCCAUUUUUUUUUAAUGAAUAGACUUCAGUCUACUUGUCAAUAAACUGUUCCACAUCCUACUUUAAGUAUGCUAUGCGUCUUUUCAUUGCAGCUUUCCUGCACUCCGAUUAUUUGUAAUGAAAAGGACCUUGCAGUAUUCCUGUGUGUGGAAGAUAUGGUUCUAACUCUUGAAAAGGUUCCUGAAGUUACGUAGACAUGGUGAAAAUUAUGUUGAACCUGGUGAAAAUAUGUGGUAAUUUGUGAAAAUUAGAAGUUGAAAUAAGUGUGUAGUCUUUCAUUUUUCAGCAUUUCUUAAAGCACAAUAAAAGCAGAUACACUUCAUGAACUUUUAUUGAGUAUAUAUGUUGUUGAAUCUUUUCCAAAGAAUAUGAAAUAAUGAAACAAUGUCACAAUUAUUUUCUUGUGGGAAAUGUAUGGGGUUUUUUUUAAUGAAAGAUUUUGAAUAUUAACAUCAAUACACAAACAACUUGUAUGUAGUAUCGAUACACAACAACUUAAUGUAUCAUCAGUAAAGGGAGUUCACAGCUGGUUGAUUUAGCCAGGUUAUGCUGGUGUUUACAAUACAGGCCAUUUUAUAAUGCAAUCAAUUUCUUGAUAUGAAGAA